UGUACGUGUGGGCUUGGGCAACCCUACUGAUUCAAUGUUUGCCAACUCGAUUCAGGGCAACUCAGCUGUUGAGACAACUGUACCAGCAUGGCAACCAUGACGAUCCAACUGUCUGCAUAAAAUAGAAAAAGACAAAUUGACAAGGUUGAGACAAGAAGUCCAUUGACAUGAUUGAUGGUUGACACAUGGAGAUCAACUCGACCUUGUGUGUUUGUGUGUGUGGAUUAGCCAAAAGAACACAGAGAUGUUGAGCGUGAUUUGCCUGAUCAGCUGAUCUGCAUGAUCCCCCGAUUGCUCUGUGUGAUUGGUCAAUUCUGCAUAAAAUUUCCAACAUUUACUUCCCUUUUUAAAAUAAUCUUUCACAACCAUCAUACCAUGGGAAAGAAUUCAAUAUAACCUGUAUACAGACAUCGCUUGGCACCCGGUGCAUUAUUCCAUUAAUAUUUUCACUCCUAACUUUGGCUAACCGGCUAGGCCAUUUUAGUGAUUUCAGAUGGCAACUGCAAGGAAAAAUACGUGGCAACCAUAUAUGGAAUUCUUUCCCAAGCGGGAACUGGAAAGAAAAGCCAAUUGGCUGAUGAGAUGAAGUUGGACACACCAGAGAUUUCGUGGCAUGGUCGGGAGCCCAUCUACAGCGUUGACUUCCAGCCAUGCAACUCUGGCGCCAGUAAGAAGGAACCUAGACGACUGGCCACGGCAGGAUGUGGUACAGAUGGCAACUUGCGGAUUUGGUACAUCAAGAUCAACAACGAUGGGAAGGCCAUGGCAGAGUUUGCAUCAAAUCUGUCCCGACACACCAAGUCGGUCAACGUUGUGCGCUUCUCUCCCGACGGCCAAAUCCUCGCAUCUGGUGGAGAUGACUGCCUAGUGAUCUUGUGGAAGUUGACAGAUACACAAGGGGGCAGCUCGGCCUUUGGCAAGGAGGACGAAGAGUGUAAGGAAGGGUGGACUGCAUUCAAGAUGCUCAGGGGUCACCUGGAGGAUGUCUAUGACCUUUCCUGGUCCCCCAGUGGCAGUCGUUUGCUGUCCGGCUCGGUGGACAACAGCGCCAUCAUUUGGGAUGUGGCCAAAGGUGAGAAGCUUGUUAUUUUCAAGGAUCACCGUAGCUUUGUCCAAGGCGUGGCUUGGGACCCACUGGGUAAAUACUGUGCCACUCUCAGCUGUGACAGGUCAUUUCGUUUGUACAACCUUAACAACAACCGCUGUGCUUUCAACAUCACCAAGAUGUCCCUGGCAACUACCACAAACAGUGGCGAGGGCAUCACCAAGCAGUGUCGUAUGUUCCAUGAUGACAGCAUGAGGUCCUUCUUCCGUCGGCUGACCUUCAGUCCUGACGGACAACUUUUGAUUGUGCCCUCUGGUUGUCUGGAGAUGGGCGAAGUAUCACCCUCAUGCAACACCACCUAUAUGUUCACACGGUCCUCAAUUCCAAGACCAGCUGCGCACCUCCCUGGACCACCCAAGGCCACCCUGGCUGUCCGCUGUUGCCCUGUAUUCUUUGAACUUCGUAAAGCUGACGAAGAGACUCAAGAAGCGACAGAAAAUUCAACCAAGGAAGAAAGAAUGGACACUUCAGAGGUCACAGGCCCAAACAAAGAUCCUGUAGAGGCGGAGAAGGCUGAUGCAACCAAGGAGACAGCAUCCUCCGCAGAAUCGGUCCAAAACAGCAAAGAACCUCAGUCUCUGUUCAGCCUGCCAUAUAGAAUCGCCUUUGCUGUGGCAACGGAGGACAGUAUUCUUUUGUACGACACUCAGCAGACUAUUCCAUUUGGGUUGAUUUCCAAUAUCCACUACCACCAACUGAGUGACGUUUCAUGGUCAUCUGAUGGCCAAAUCCUGGUUGUCUCCUCGACAGAUGGUUACUGCUCAUUAGUCACUUUUGAGGAAGGUGAGAUUGGUGUGCCCUACAAAACAGCACCAGUGGUUCCCGUGGCAACGGUGGGGUCAAAUGUCACUGCAGCAAGUGAAACGGCAUGUGGUAAACCGCCAACCAGUGUAAUUCCAGCUAGCCAGGCUUCAUUUGGCCAAGCCAAGCCAGUGACCAGUGAGACACUGGCAGGGAUGAAUGUUCAUAAAGUGACGGCAAAUCAAGGAGGGAGUGCAUCUGCUGUUGCUAAGGUGGAGCCAAGGAGGAUAGCUCUCACAACACUUGGUACCAGCACAGCCCCCAAAACAACAGGCUCACAACCGAGACGCAUCUCAACCACACAACUGUCUAGCCCUCCCUCGAGUCAAUCAAAUCCAUGCCCUACAGUAUCAACCAAUCAGAAUCCAACAGCCACUGGCUACAGCACACCAAACUCCCAGAUGCAAACAGUUCAUAAAUCACCCCAAGGUGUACAACCAAGACGUAUCCAGCUUACCACGCUGUCAAUUUCAAAGCCUCCAGUCAGUGAAGUAUCUCCAACAAACAAAUCUGUUGCCAUGGUGACUACUCCUGUGUCGACCAUUAACCAGAUGCCCUUAACAACCGACAUCCAAGGCACUCAGUCCCUCAGAAAGGGAAUGGCAGAGCCCGUUUUGGACAACAAAAAAAUUGAGGCUAUUAAUGUUCCAGAGGGGGACUCUCCAAUGGAGGGUGUGACCGAAAUUGCUCCUAAGAGCCAAGACAAAGACGUCAUGUUGACUACCUGAAGAAAGUUUGAGAAAAAAAUUUUGCUAGAAAGCUUCAUUUAUUGAACAAACUGUACAAAGGUAUGUGCUUCAAAUAGAUGGCAUACAAGAUAAACUUCUUCUGGCAGACCCAUAUAUGUUGAGUUUUUCAGCCAACAUGUUUGCACAAACUAUUUUGUUCUUUGAGUCACAAAAUUUCCUUUUGGUCGAAUUAACUGACAGCCUUUUUUUUAAUCCAGCACACUUAUUCUGCAAAAGACAACACCCCCAAACAUUUUGUUACAAAGACAACAGCAAUGAACAAUUGGGCUUUAGUUUCUAGUUCUGAUCUCUCCAAGUGUGUCAAAUGGGAUAUGGAUCAGAUCUAUUGCUGAAUAUGCACCCUAGCCAAUAAAUUAUUUAAGGUCUAUGUGUUCAUGUCAAAGCAAAAGAUUCUCAGUGACAAGGGAAAAUUUGACAGUUUUACAGUAGGAUUUUAAUUGCUAAUGAAAGUAUUAAAAGAAUACACUGGUGGUUUCCAUAAAAGGAAAUCAUGUUUGAUUUAAAAGUUAGUUGAUUUUGAUACCAAAGUAAACUAAAAAGAUGGGUAAGUUGAACGUUUACUUACAGUGUAGGUAGCAAUUCUGCCCAUAUUCCACUGUUUCAAUUUAUUAUGCCAAUAAUAAAGGUAUUCAACAUUG